AUGACCUUUCUCAUCUCGCCCAUUCUGCCGACGAAGGCGUUGCUGGUAAGCGAGUCCUUUGACUGUAACGACGCAUUCGGUCACGGCACCUUCCAGAAGCGGUUGAUGCUGCUCUGCGCUUUAGGCGCGUUUUUGGCGAACAGCCAUGCCUUGGCGUUCUCGCUGAUCUCGAGAAGCGUGGACUACAGAUGCAAGCAGCCGACGCCGCAAUCCAACAUGUCGGCAGCUGAAGAAGCGGAGCAGCUGGACCGAUGCCUCAUCUACGAAGCGGAAGGCAACGUAUCUCGCGCGGUGCCGUGCCGUGAGUGGGAGUACGACGUCGAGCGGGCGAGGACGACCGUCGUGAGCGCGUGGAACCUGGUGUGCCAGAGAAAGCUGCUCAUCGCCGUCAUGUCGGUGGUUCAGAACUCGGGCGCCGCAGUGUUCGCCCUGGUGGCUGGGUACGUGGCGGACAGCAUCGGCCGAGCGCCCGUCCUUGUCGCGGCGGCUCUGGUGCUCCUGGUCUCGGCAAGUGCGAGCUGCCUUUCCGGCGACUACGUGACGCUCGCGGCACUCAAGUUCUUCAGCGCGGGAAGCUCCACCUUGACCCUGAUUUUUUCGGCAAUUUCUCUUUUCGAGGUGACCACCCACAACAACAGACCGCUGCACGUGGCCGUGAGCGGAACGCUCGGUCUGCUGGCUUCCGACGUCUGGUAUUUCUUCAUGCUGCAAUGGAGCCUCAGGUGGGAUCUCGAACUGGCCGCAUUCAUCCUUCCAGCCCUGUUGCUGCUGCCGGCUUACCUCUCGGUCUACGAGUCACCCCGCUGGCUGGUCGCUGCCGGGCAGUGCCAGCGAGCGGAAGGCGUCGUUCUGGCCGCUGCCAACACCAAUCACUUUCCCCUGCCCAGCUCGGCGUGCCUGCUGGACAAAGUGAAGGCAGACAUGAACCGCAGCGCGGAUCGCCGGGAGACCAUUGUCGACGCACUGCUGAGCGGCAUCUCCAUCCGGCAGCGUGCCCUCAUCAUGUUCGGCUCCUUCUUCUCGAACGCGUUCGCGCUGUACGUCGUCGUGUACACCAAGGAGCGGCGGAGCAUGCCGUGGCAGCCGUACACCUCGUUCUUCUUCAACUUCACGGGCUACGUGAUCAUGCAUCUGCUCAUCAGGAAGGUCACGAUGCUCACUGUGAUCGUCUCGCUGUUCGCGGCGCUCUGCGUGGUCCAGUGCCUGUUCAUCUUGAACGUCACUGCGGGAGAAUCGGCGGUUGUCACCGAGGCACUGACCGAAGUGCACGUGGCCUUCUACUACACCGGCGGUAUCGUCUGCUUCGUCUACGUCCUGGAGCUCUUCCCGACGGCCCUGCGCGCCACGGCCAUCGGUUGGGCGUACGCCUGCGGCCGCUUCGGAGCGGUUUCCGCCAUGCUCUCCCUUCUGCUCAAGAACAUCGGCCGCGAGAACGUGGCUUUUAUAGCGGCGGAGUUUAUCCUGUUCGUUUCACUGUUGACGCUGCGCAGCCUUCCGCCCGCCACCGCGGUCGAGUGCACCAAGAUGGCGUCCAAGCGCUCCUCGCUAGCGAGCAAGCAGAACAUCGAGCGCAUGAAGAACACACUCGCCACGGUGCAGGCGGACGGGGGCAGCAAAAAAAGCAGGAUCGGCUCCGAGGGCAGCAAGACGCCGUCUUCCGUGCGAGGUGGCCGCUCCCGCCGCGCCAAGGCCAAGCAGUAG